GUCAAGUCUAAAAAGCAGGCGGGUGGGUUCCUAGCGCACGACUCUAGUCGGGCGUCUAGGGUUAGUUUUUCCGGCGGCCGAUCCUAAUCACCGUUGUCCGGCAUUUGUGGGUUGCGCUCUUACACACUGCAAUAUUCUUUGGUUAUGGAUAAGUCAUGUCAAAAGAUCAGGGCUGGUUCUUACUUGAGCGGAGACCCAUCGAGGCAUUUGAUUACAAAGUGCACUAGAUUAGCGGCUAUUCGGAUGAUAGGGAUGCAGAUUGCAGAGGCUACUCACUUUUGGACUCUCUGUGUUCGUGCAGUAUUUUGGUCAAGAGAUGGAGGCGACCCACAUGCAGAUCACGACCAUGGAGGAAGAAGAUGGAGGGAUGAUAAUCCGCCCCCUUAUGAACCACCGCCAUGGAGGAAGUGUGACUCUAGGAUUUGGAAUAUAUUUUCCAAACCUUUAAGAAUUAGAAUUUUUUUACUUAACAGGUUAUGUACUACUAGUACUAUGUACUUUACUUAAUUUUGUUGGUUAUUUAAAAUAUUUUCCAAUUUAUGGAAAAUAAUUAGUAGCACAAUCCUUUAAGAAUUAUUUUUUUUUUACUUAGAGGCCGUUUGGAGCCUAGAAAAUGGGCUGAUAAGCCUUGAAAUAUAAAAAGAGAGCCAAACACAUGCCAAUUUGGUUGUUUGGGUUGAUAUUCCUUAUCCGCCAAAAAAAUAAGAAUAAGGUUACUUUUUCAGCUGAA